CGUUCCUCUUUCCUUCCCCCGGCCUCUCCCGCACCAUAAGCUCCGCGAGGACUAGGGAAGCGGCGGUUACUAAGCUAUAUACACUGAGAAGCUGUGCUCUCUGGGCUUCUCGUUUUCUUAAUUAUAGUUUCUUUUACCAGUGUCGCCCGCCGCUGCUGCUGUAACUAUUUAUUUUAAGAUCGAAGAAACUCUUCAAUGGCGACUACCUCUGAGACUUGGGAUGUCAAGUCUCUCAAUAAAUCAUCUGGUUCUAGGCGCUUUGUGUUCAAGAGUUUCUCUCAGCGGUUGGAAGAAAUUGAUAUCAAUGUCUUUCGAAGUAUCGACCCGUUAAAACCCGAGCCCUCUGAGGGGUCUUCGUUUUUCCGAGACUGCCUCGUAGAAUGGCGGGAAUUGAAUACUGCAGAGGACUUCAUUUCGUUUUACGAAGAAAUGAUGCCGUGUGUACAAACGUUGCAGCAAGUUUUACACCACAGGGAAGAAAUAAUUACAAAACUUCUUCUCAAAUUGCAGAUAAAAGCAAGAUUGUCACUUGAACCUAUACUUAGGUUGAUUGCAGCCUUGUCCAGAGAUCUCUUGGACUAUUUCCGCCCCUUUCUGCCGAGGAUUACUGAAGAUUUAGUGACUCUGCUCAAAACUGGUGCUGAAAAGGAACCAGAUAUACUUGAGCAGAUUUUUACGUCUUGGUCCUGUCUCAUGAUGUACUUGCAGAAGUAUCUUGUUCGGGAUGUUGUUGAUGUCCUGAAGAUUACAGCUGAUAUAAGAUAUUACCCCAAGGUUUAUGUCCAAGAGUUUAUGGCCGAGGCUGUUUCUUUUUUGUUGAGGAAUGCACCUGAAGAGCAACUUAAGAAAGGUAUUAAAUGGAUCAUAUGUGAAGUUGUAGAGGAACCAACAGAUGAGAGAAAAUCUGGGGUUAGUGCGUUAUUGUUUUAUAUAAUGAGAGGGGCACCAUCAAGGCUUCAUUCAAGAGCAGAGAAAGUACUUCUGUUUUUGUUUCAUAAUUCCACUUUCACCAUUGGUGAUAAGUUCGAUCAAGGUUCAGACACUAUUCUUGCGGUUUUGAGUACCUCCUUUGAAAGGUUAGCUGAGGAUCUCCAACCCAAGGAGUUGAAUUUGAUCUUCAGUUGCUUAUUAGAUAAGAUAUAUGGCUGUGUCAGUGAUGAAUCCAACAAGCACCUGAGUUACCUCCUGUACCUUCUAAAUUCAUUUGUUAAGUUUGGUCAUGGAGGCAAAAUUGUGGACUACAAACGAAUGCUUGAACUUGUGGAAUCACUUGUGAAGAAAUAUGUAGUGCCUUCAGAUGGUGUGAAGAUAGAAGUGCCUUCUUCUGAAAUUGCUGAUAGAGUUCUGCAGUUAAUGCCAUGCCUUCUUGAUGUGCUCCACAAUUGUAACGAUGAGUUAGCCAUGUCAAGUGUUCCCUUGCAAUGGGCUCCCGUGUUUGAGUUGAGAAACCCUAGUUUGCUGGACUUUAUUGGAGAAGUGCUUUGCAAAGAUCCCUGUGUAGCAUAUCCCUUCGGAAGAAGUAUUUUGAGUGCUUUGAGUGAUAUGAUUGAAGCUUAUCCACUCGAGGUUAUGUAUCUGAUGCUGCGGUUUGUUGAGAGACUUCAAGCAAAAAUGCAAUCUUCUAAAUCCUUAGGUGUAACUUUUGACGAGGAGUCUUCGAAGGUGCACACAUGCUUGCAGAGGAAUAUCUGUGAUUGGAUCAACAAGAUAAAUCUUGCUCGUUGGGAUUCGUCAAGUACGGAAUUCCAUGAGUACGAGUUGGCUGCACUAUGGGGAACCCUGAGAUGCUACCCUGAUUUUGUCGGUAUCAAUGAAAACCCAUCCUUAAUAAUGGAUUUAGUAGUUGCGCUUGAUCAACUUUUGACAGUUAAAUCUGACAGCAUUGCUGGCCUUCCAAAACGCACUUGGCAUGGCCUAGUUGGAGCUGCCUUAGCUUCCUAUCAUAAAUUGCAUUUGGGCAGUAAGUCUGGACUUUCCGAAACAGGUCAUGUUUUGGAAAGUGUAUUGGAUUUUGCAAAAAGAUACAGGUCAUGUUUCCAAGUAUUAUUUGCUGUUGCUGAUUUUUUGGAUUCUAUGUAUGGGCUUCCAUGUCAAGCAGAUUCAAACAAAGUAUUUCAUCCUGUACUUUCUGCUGAGAGAGCUCUUGAUGCUAUCAACAUAUUUGCUGAGAACUUGUGUCAUUCAGAUAAGGAAGUUCGAAUUUCAACUCUAAAAAUAUUGUGCCAUUACGAACCUCUAGACAGUCAAUUUUCUAUCAAUAAUCAGCCUGCUCAAAAGAAAUUGAAAAUUGAAGGUUCUCAGUCUAGCUGUGAAGUUACACAGUGCAGUAAUGUUCUUCAGCUGCUCCUUUCAAUCGAGGCAACUCCUAUUUCAAUUUCCACAAGCAGAAAAGUUAUUGUAUUGUUAUCUAGAAUACAGAUGAGCCUAUCUUCUGAUAGAAUCUCUGAAGAAUAUGUGCCCCUUUUACUUAAUGGAAUUAUUGGCAUUUUUCAUAACCGUUUUAGCCAUCUAUGGGAGCCCGCAAUGGAGUGCCUUGCCCUUCUAAUCAACAAAUACACGAGGCUUGUAUGGGACAGGUUCAUUUGUUAUCUUGGAGAGUGUCAGUUGGGGUUUGUCAGCUCUCAUAAUAAGCUUGAGAGAGCAGUCGUUGAGUCUUCUAGCAAGUCAAAAGAUAUGGUUGAUUGCUUCAAUUCAUUUGUUAUGCCUGACUCUGAUAGCACGCCAUGCAUGUCAGUAUUAUCUUUGUUGCUCAAGUCACUGCAAAAAGUUUCAACUAUUGCAGAGUCUCGAUCUCGACAACUUAUUCCUUUGUUUUUUAAGUUUUUGGGCUAUAGUAAUGAUUAUCUUGAUAGUGUUGGUUCAUUCAUCUCAGAUGCUUGUAAAGGCAAAGAAUGGAAAGAAGUCCUCAAAGAAUGGUUGAACUUAUUGAAACUGAUGCGGAACCCUAAAUCUCUGUACUGCAGUGAUGUUCUUCAUGAUAUCUUAAUAAAUAGGCUUCUUGAUGAAAAUGAUGCGGACAUUCAGAUGAAGGUUCUUGAUUGCCUAUUGAAUUGGAAAGAUGGUUUUUUGCUCCCAUAUGAUCAGCAUCUGAAAAAUUUGAUUGCUUCGAAAAAUUUAAGGGAAGAGCUUGCUACAUGGAGUUUGUCCAAAGAAUCUCAUAGUAUUCAAGAACAGCAUAGAGUGGAUCUUAUACCUUUAGUUAUCCAACUACUGAUACCUAAAGUCAGAAAAUUAAAGACGCUAGCCUCACGGAAGAAUGCAAGUAUACAACAUCGAAGGGCAGUACUUUGUUUCUUGGCACAACUUGAUGUCGACGAGCUUCCUCCCUUGUUUACCCUCCUAAUCAAGCCUUUACGGCCUGUUCCUGAAGGCAGUAAGGAUAUAAAUCCUUUGUUUUGGAGCCGUAAAAUUUCCACGGACAGGUUACAAGAAUCCAAUCUCUUAGAGUGUUUCACUGCGGAUAACAUGGCAAAACUUUCUUGGAAGAAGAGAUAUGGGUUCUUGCACGUCAUCGAAGAUAUUCUUAAAGUCUUUGAUGAAUUGCAUCUUGGACCGUUUCUUAAUUUAUUGAUGGGUUGUGUUGUCCGGAUAUUGGGGAGCUGCACUUCGAACCUUGUAACCUGUAAUGAAUCCUCUUUCGGAAGUAAUCUUUCUAGUGAUGAGGUGGCUAUGUAUGAGACAGUUGGUGAAGCUGUAAAUCCAGUCAUGACUUGUACAGCCACGAAGCAAUUUAAGGAUGUUAGAUCUUUCUGCCUUAAGAUAAUUUCUUUCACUCUGAAUAAAUAUGGGGACCAUGAUUUUGGCAAUGAGUUCUGGGACAUUUUCUUUACAGCAGUAAAGCCUUUGAUUGAUGGUUUCAAGCAAGAGGGUUCUAGUAGUGAGAGACCGAGUUCAUUGUUCUCUUGCUUUGUUGCAAUGAGUAAAAGCUGCACUCUUGUUUCACUCUUGUAUAGGGAGGAGAAUCUUGUCCCAACAAUAUUUUCGAUUCUUACUGUGAAGACAGCGUCUUAUGCUAUUAUAACAUGUGUUCUUGGCUUCAUUGAGAACCUCCUGAAUCUUGAUAAUGAUUUGGAUAAUAAUGAAGAUUGCUCUGUAAAAAGAGUACUACUCCCGAACCUUGAAGCACUCAUCUUCAGUUUGCACCAUCUUUUCCAGUGCCGCAAUGGAACAGGAAGGAGACUCUUCAAGUGUCCUGGAAAGGGGGAGCUUCGGAUUUUCAAACUACUUCCAAAAUAUAUUAAGGAUCCUUUGACGGCAAGGCCGUUCCUUGAUAUUUUGCUUCCUUUCCUAGUGAGAAAAACGCAAAAAUAUGAUGAGUAUAUGGAAGGUUUGGAAGUCAUUCGACGGAUUGUGCCAGUAUUAGGAAGUGAAACUACGGGAAAAAUUCUGAAUGCUAUCUCUUCACUUCUUAUAUAUGCUAGACUGGAUGUACGGCUGUCAAUCUGCAAUCUUCUUGAUGGUCUCGCUGUGAAUGAUCCUUCCAUAGUCUCGCUGGCAGAACUUGUACGUGAAUUGAAUGCAAUGUCUUCCUCAGAAAUAGAUGAAGUUGAUUAUGACACUAGAGUCAGUGCUUAUGAGAAGAUCAACCCGAAGUACUUUGAAAUUGCCAGAGAGGAACAUGCAAUGGUCAUCUUGUCACACUGUGUCUUUGAUAUGUCAUCAGAAGACCUGAUCUUAAGGCAAUGUGGAACCAGGUCAUUGCUCUCAUUUAUUCAAUUUGCUCCCAAAGUUUUGUGCUCUGGGGCUCAGGAUUGGCAACAAGUGCCUGAAUCAGCGGGAGCACUUGAUUCUGAUGUUUGUUGGACUAAAGAAUCAAUUCAACGCAUUGUGAAAAAGUUCCUUUUGAAGCAUAUGGGUGAUGCAAUGAUCAAAGAAAUUUCAAUUCAAAGGGAAUGGAUUGCUUUGCUACAAGAAAUGGUCUUGAAGCUUCCAGAAGUACCAGCCCUAAAUUCACUUAAAUCUCUGUGCAGUGAAGAUGCAGAAGUAGAUUUUUUCAACAAUAUUCUUCACUUACAGAAACAUAGAAGAGCAAGAGCAUUGCUGCGUUUCAGGAACGUUAUCAGGGCCGGAGACUUAUCAGAGAUUAUUGUAAAUAAAGUUUUUCUCCCACUCUUCUUCAAUAUGUUGUUUGAUGUCCAAGAUGGAAAGGGUGAACAUGUCAGAAACGCAUGCGUGGAGACACUUGCUUCUAUUACUGGACACAUGCAAUGGGAAUCGUACCAUGAGUUCUUGAUUAGAUGCUUUAGGGAGAUAACCUCGAAGCCAAACAAGGAAAAGGUUCUAUUACGGUUAAUAUGCUCCGUUCUGGACCAAUUUCAUUUUUCAGACAACUGUUAUAGCCAAGAGUUAAAACAUACUGCCUCUGAGGUUUCAAAUCCUGUUGUCACUGGAAUGGGUUCCUCUCUUGUGUUGCAAAGAUGUUCUAAUUCUACUAGGCCAACCGAUAUACAGUCUUGUCUUCAUAAAACAGUACUUCCAAAGAUACAGAAACUGCUGGAUGCUGAUACUGGGAAAGUCAAUGUUACUAUUAGCCUUAUUGCACUGAAGCUAUUAAAGUUGUUACCAGUGGACACCAUGGAAUCACAACUUCCAAGCAUCAUUCAUCGUAUUUCGAACUUCCUGAAGAAUCGCUUGGAAAGUAUACGAGAUGAAGCAAGGUCUGCUUUGGCUGCUUGCUGCAAGGAACUAGGCAUGGAAUAUUUUCAGUUCAUAGUGAGAGUCUUGCGAGCAACCCUGAAGAGAGGGUUUGAGCUACAUAUAUUGGGUUACACACUCAAUUUUUUAUUGUCAAAGAGUCUUUUGAGUCCUGUUGUUGGAAAGCUAGAUUACUGUUUUGAAGAGCUCCUGAGAGUCGCAGAGAAUGAUAUUCUUGGGGAUGUUGCCGAAGAAAAAGAGGUUGAGAAGAUUGCUUCAAAAAUGAAAGAAACAAGGAAGCGCAAAUCCUUUGAAACCCUGAAGCUGAUUGCCCAGAACAUUACAUUUAAAACAAAUGCUUUGAAGCUGCUCUUACCUGUUAAAGCUCACUUGCAUAAGCAUCUCACACCGAAAAUGAAAGCAAAACUUGAAACAAUGUUAAAUCACAUAGCUGCAGGAAUUGAAUGCAAUCCCUCUGUUGAGCAAACUGAACUAUUUAUCUUUGUGUAUGGCCUUAUUGAAGAUGGGACUGGAGGAGAAAAUCGGCUAGGUAAAGAUUCGUCGGCAAUCAAGCCCAGUAAACAGUUUGGCAGUGAGGUUGGAAGCAAAAGAAAUUCCUCUGAGGGGAUUAUUGCUGACGUUUCUCAAAAUUUACAUCUAAUUACUGUAUUUGCACUCGGGGUACUGCAAAAUCGUCUGAAGAACAUGAAGUUUGACAAGAAAGAUGGAGAAUUGCUGUCUUUGUUGGAUCCCUUUGUGAAUCUGCUUGGUAACUGCCUGAGUUCCAAAUAUGAAGAUAUCUUAUCUGGAGCUCUGAGGUGUCUUGCUCCAUUGAUUAGGUUGCCUUUACCGUCCCUUGACUCCCAAGCUGACAAUAUCAAGAUUUUGCUUUUGGACAUUGCCCAGAAAUCUGGAAAUACUAGCAGUCCUCUAACUCAGUCCUGUCUAAGAUUGCUAACGGUGCUUCUGCGGGGCACUAGCAUUACGCUCUCCAGCGAUCAGCUACACAUGUUGGUUCAAUUUCCCCUGUUUGUUGAUCUUGAAAGGAAUCCUUCCUUUUUGGCCCUUUCACUUUUAAAGGCGAUUGUUGGCAGGAAGCUGGUUUUCAAUGAGAUAUAUGAUCUUGUAAAACAAGUUGAAACACUGAUGGUAACAAGUCUGGUAGAACCAAUUCGCAAGAAGUGCAGCCAAAUUCUAUUACAAUUCUUGCUUGAUUAUUAUCUCGAUGAGAAACGCUUACACCAGCAUCUGGAUUAUGUGAUUGAUAGUCUUAGCUAUGAGCAUUCUUUUGGAAGAGAAGCAGCACUUGAAAUGCUUCAUGCAAUUAUAAUCAAAUUUCCGAAAAGCACUAUUGAUGAGGAGGCCAACGUGUUAUUCUUUAAAUUAGUGGUUUGUUUGGCUAAUGACCAUGAUUAUAAAGUUCGCUCCAUGGUUGGUGCAGUGAUAAAGCUAUUGAUUGGACGAAUUAGCCAGCAGUCAGUUGUUCCUAUUUUAAAGUAUACUCUCUCAUGGUAUAUGGGUGAUAAGCAAAAUCUAUGGAGUGCAGCAGCACAGGUCCUAGGUUUACUGGUUGAAGCAUUGAAGAAAAGGUUUCAGAGACAUAUCAACAAAAUAUUGCCAGUGACAAAAAACAUUUUGAAGUCUGCAUUUGAUGUUGUUAGAGAUAAACAACUGGAUUAUUCUGAUGAAGGCACAAUUCUAUUCUGGAAAGAGGCUUACUAUUCACUUGUUAUGUUGGAGAAGAUGCUACUUCAGUUUCCAGAAUUGCAUUUGAAGAGGGAUCUCCAGGUAUCAAUAUGGAAAGCAAUUCGUGAAUUCCUUUUGCAUCCGCACAUGUGGUUACGCAACAUAUCAAGCCGCCUUGUAGCCUUAUAUUUUGCAGCAGCAUCAGAGGCUAGUCAAGCAAACAAAGAAAAAUCUAAGCAACAGAAUUUGUUACUCAUGAAGCCAAGUACACUUUUUGAAAUAGCUGUUUCCCUCUGUUGUCAACUCAAGGCACAACUAACUGAUGAUUCUGCAAACAACAUCCUCACUCAAAAUCUAGUGUUCACAAUAUGUGGUGUGCAUUCUUUGGUGGGACAAAGAGAUUGCAUGGAUCUUCAGAGUUUCUGGUCUUCCCUCAAAAGGCGAGAGCAAGGCUGUUUUCUUGAGUCUUUACACUUGCUUGGUUCGAGAAAAGAAAGAGAUAUGUUUGUGUCCCUCACUUUCACUACGAAGCAUCAAGGUGAUCAAGACAGCAUUGAGAAUCUCCAGUCGUUGCUCGUCUCUCCUUUGCUUAAGAGAAUGGGAAAGAUUGCUCUCCAAAUGGAAGAUAUUCAGAUGAAGAUUGUCUUCAAUGCCUUCAGAAUGAUCUCAUCUCAGAUUGGUCAAGAAGGAAGCCAACACUAUGCAUUUCACAUGCUACUGCCAUUGUAUAAAGUGUGUGAAGGAUUUACUGGCAAAGUUAUUACAGAUGAUGUCAAGCAAUUAGCAGAAGAGGUGCGUGAAAAUAUACAAAGACAACUAGGCAAUGAGAGCUUUGUGCGAGUCUACAAUGAAAUCAGAAGGACUCUCAAGGCAAAGAGGGACAAGAGGAAGCAGGAAGAAAAGCUUAUGGCAGUCAUCAACCCCAUGCGAAAUGCUAAGAGGAAGCUAAGACUUGCAGCCAAGCAUAGUGCCCACAAGAAGAGGAAGAUAAUGUCUAUGAAGAUAGGGAUAUGGAGACGUUAGAAAAGGUUCCCAACAGUGAUUAGAAUCGGUUCCCUUUCGAGAAAAGUGUAUAGUCUUGGUGUACAGGUACUCGUUUCCGUCUCUUGUAUGUUCCGCA